AUGAAAAAUUGUGUAAGAUAAGCAUUCAGAUCAAAUUCAACAUUAAGAGGAGCAUGGUCAUAAAAUUAUUUAUAAAGACCAGGAGAAGGACAAUUAAAAAAUGUGACUGUGCUUCCAGGGGAUGGAAUAGGUCCUGAAAUUACUAGUAUCUAUUUUUAAUAUCAAAAAAAGGAAGUGUUAUGUAAGUUUUUGAUGCAUUACAUGUACCUGUAAAAUUUGAUGUUUUGGACAAUUUUAAUUUUGAUAAUGAUGAAUAAAGAAAUUUAUUAAAAAAAAAUGAAUGCAUAUUAUUAGGAGUCAUGACUGAAAAAAAUUAAAAAUAUACAGAUAAUUACAGAUUUUAUAAAUAUUUAGAUUUAUAUGCCAAUAUUACAUUUGCAUUUUCAGUUGAAGGUAUCAAAUAGAGACAUAACAAUACAGAUAUUGUUGUUAUUAGAGAGAAUACAGAAGGUAUAAUUAAUAAUAUUAAAUUAAAUAGGAGAAUAUUCAGGAGUUGAACAUGAAGUUUAUCCUGGAGUAGUUGAAUCAAUUAAAGUUACAACUAAAUAAGCAUCUUUAAGAAUUGCUGAAUAUGCAUUUGAAUUUGCUCAUUUAAGUGGAAGAAAGAAGGUUACUGCAGUUCAUAAAGCAAAUAUAAUGAAAUUGGUUGAUGGAUUAUUUUUAUCUGCUCAUAGAGAAGUUGCUUAAAAAUAUCCUUUCAUUAAAUAUGAAGAAAUGAUUAUUGAUAAUUGUUGUAUGUAAUUGGUAAAGAAUCCUACUUAAUUUGAUGUUAUGGUUAUGCCUAAUUUAUAUGGAUCAAUUGUUUAAAAUGUAGUAGCAGGAAUUACAGGAGGAGUAGGAAUGGCUGCAGGUGCAUCAAUAGGUAAGGAUCAUGCUCUCUUUUCACAAGGAUGUAGACAUACAGGUAGAGAUAUAGCAGGUAUAUAUAUAUAUAAUUGAAAAUAAGGAAAAAAUAUUGUAAAUCCUUCAGCUUUGCUUGUGUCUUCUUCGUUAUUAUUAAGACACUUAGGAUUACCUAAUUUUGCUGAUUAAAUAUGUAGUGCUGUUUAAGAAACUAUAUAAGAGAGAAAAGUAAUUUUUAUUCUUAAUUAUUAGCUUAAAACUAAAGAUAUUGGUGGUAAAGCUAGUACUGAAUAAUUUACAAAAGAGGUUAUCAAAUGCUUAGGAAAAUGAUU